AUGUUCACCAACAUUCCUUCCGUGGUCGUGCCGUUCUUGGCCAUUACUGGAGCCAAGGCAGACGUGGUCAUGACCCUCUACUCGGACGAUGAUUGCCUCGGGUCAGCCAAUGUCAACUCUGGCAGCUGCAUGACGUGGUUUACACCCGGCUGGUCCUCGGCGAAGAUCACUGACGACUCGGGCUCGCCCGCCGGAACUCUGGCGUUCUACACCAACAAUAACUGCGCCGCGGCCCAGUCAAGCCACGGGUACAGCGCUGCCAACUUUGAUUGCCUGAGGGACUUUGGAUUCGUCGCGAACGCUGCUGGCUUGGCCGGCAAAGUUAACUUGGAACAAGCGCAUGCCGAACCGGAGCACGACGGACAUGUCGGAAUCGAUAUGUCGCCGCGAAUUUCAGUUCAAUUCUGUCCGGAAUAUCUUGCACAGCACGAAGAGGCCGAGCUUCUGGCCGUGCAGAUGGUGCACGCAUCGAGCGCCUUCCACAGGUUCUACUUCCUCCCGGCCGACGAGCGGCCGCCGGCAAGUUGUGAACCAGGGAUCAUUGUUGACUCAGAGCUCAAGCUUGUCUCUCUGCUGGACAAGCUGAGUACCGUCCGCCCUCCAACCAAGCCUACCGAUCCUCCGAGUCUGUAUUUUGACAUCGAGGGUCAAAACCUUUGCCGACACGGGACAAUGUCCAUUCUGUCCCUAUUCCUAUCUCCAGACGACACAGCGUACCUGAUCGACGUUCACACACUGCAGGCCGACACCUUCACCACCGCCAACGAAGAGGGCACAUCUCUCAAGGCCGUCCCUGAGUCUCCCACGGUACCCAAAGCCUUCUUCGAUAUUCGAAAUGACUCGGACGCCCUCUUCAGCCUGUUCGGCAUCAAGGUCGCAGGAAUCCACGACAUACAGCUCAUGGAGCUGGCCCGACGCACAGGCCCCAGGCGCCGCGUGUCCGGGCUUGCCAGGUGCAUCGAGACGGACCUGACGGCUGUUCCGGACCAGGCGGCUGUUGCUAGGGCCGUCAGCGCCAAACGGGCGGGGGAGAGAAUUUGGAAUCCAAGUCUCGGGGGGACGUACGCUUCGGUCAACCAGCGACCGAUGCCAGCGGCGAUAAUCGACUACUGUUGUGCAGAUGUUGGCAUCCUCCCAAGUCUCUGGAAGGCUUACGUCCGUGAUAUCUGGACAGAUGGGAAAUUGUUCUGGCGUUCUGAAGUCUGGAAAAAGACGUUGGAGAGAGUCAAGGAGUCUCAGAAGGCUUCGUAUGACCCUAAUGGUGGGGACAAGUCGCUUGGGCCUUCGGAUUGGCAGCCUGGCGCAAUGGAUGAGUUGUUGGAUGCGUGGAAUGAGGAAUGCUUGGAUAUCACGACACUGUGGAAUAUUACAACACACUGGUCACCAUUUGAUGUCAAUUUCUACUACGACCCGUCACUGAAUCUGUCCAGCAACAACCAAGCCACUGAAGUGUUCUCGACCCAAGCCAAAGAGCAGUAUCUUAAUGUGUCUUCUCCAUAUGGUCAGAUCCCACAAGGCCUUCAAUUCGGCGCCAUACUGGGGUAUUCAGACACUGCCAUACUCCGAACAGAUCCAACCAACGGCCGUGAUCCUUUGAUUGGGUGCGAUGAUUCUCUCACAAACGACACCUGGCGCUGCCGAGGCUUUGGCGCUGCCGAGUGCGUUCUACGGCCCUGCUUACGGACAUACUCUUGUUCCAUCGAGGCAGGUCGGGUCAACGAGACGAUUGUGGAGGAGUCUAGUCUGGAUCAAAUCUGGGGCUUCGGCGAUCCAAAUCUAGGGGAUACCACUCUUCCUUAUGAUCCGCUCCUUAGCCUGUUAGAUCUGCAUUGUAUCACGGAUGCCGACCGCAGGCACCUCCUUGACAAUGGAUACGACCUUGAAAAUGCCGGUCGCUGGCUUCCGUAUAACACCACCUUCAACACGUCCAACUCCGUCAACGCCUCGUCACCGUUCCCCGAGUCCCUACUGGCGAACAACUGUCUAUACAUUAUCAACCCCUUCUUCAUCGACACAUUCUGGGUCGGGACUCUCUGGCCCUUCUUCAUCGGCAACGUAACCCGCAAUUUGCCCAAACUACAGUCACGUACCUUUGGGUACGUCUUCGAAGGCAGGGAGCAGCUCCUGCAACUCUACAACUCGGGAAACGUAUCAAUGGAGUCGAUCCGAGACACGUUUGCGAACCUUGCGCAGGCGCUAACGCUCUGGGUGCGCUCCAACGGUGACCCGGGACACAGCCGGCGAGCCGAGGGCGACGUUCUUCACUACGCAGUGUGCGUGCGGGUGACCUGGGCGUGGAUCGCGCUGCCGGCGGCGCUGACGGGUCUCGCGCUGGUGAUGCUUGCGCUGACGGUGGCUACCACUGCGCGGAGGGCCGUGCCAAUGUGGAAGCUCUUUCCGCUGGCGGUGUUGCUGUGUGGGCCGGCCGGGGAGAACUGGGUGGAUCGGGACCUGCUGGCUGCGAAUACUAGCAAGACGGGUAAGACGUCUUCGUGUGAUGAUGGUUCCGUGGAUGCCAUGUCGAAACUUGCGAGUAGGGUUUCUGUGCAGCUGCUCGAGCAGGAUGGCAAAUAUCAACUGUGUCAAGUUGGAGUACGAUCGAAGAACAUCCAGCAUUGA